AUGUCCAAAACGAAGGACACGACUGCAAUUCUGGGUCUCAUUGAAGAACUGCCACUGACUGGCCAAUUUAGUCUGCAUCUCAAAUCGGAAUACAGCGAUAUGACUAUCAUCUGUGGGGACAAGACAUUCCCAGCACACAAGCUUGUGGUCUGCCCUAGGUCAAAAUACUUUCACCGAGCUUGUUUUGGUGGAUUCAGGGAAGCGGAAAGUCCGAUUCAUCUGGAUGAUCAAGACCCCAUUAUCAUCGAAAAAAUGCUCGAGUAUCUUUACAAGGGAGAUUAUACCUGUCAGAUCGCUUCGGCCUCUGGUUCUUCUGUCAAUUCUGAUUCGGUAUCCGGCCAUGGUUCUAGCUACUUCCAUGCGCUUAUGUACGCUGCUGCUGAUUAUUUAAUGAUCGAGGAUCUCAAACGGAAAUCAAUGGAGUAUUUCAGCUCAAAGUUCAUGCCUUCCACUUCCUUGAACUUGGCCGGAUCAAGCGUGGUCUCUUUGCCAAGAAUCAAAAAAGAGUUUGCAGAGACUAUUGAGGAGAUUUAUUCAACAAGAGCCGACUAUCAAGAGUUGAGAAAGCUGGCCAUCGAAAAAAUCAAGGACGAUCUGUUUCUGCUUCGAAAAGGGAAUAAGCCGAUCAUCAAUUCGGAGUUAAUGAAGUCAAACCCAGAUUUCACCUACGAUUUAUGCGAAGCAACUUUGACGAAGUAUGUGGCUUAG